GUUUUGUUUCCUAUCUGUUACGUUGUGUGUUUUUUUCUUUUCUUUUUGGUAAUUAUGAUGAGGCUACAUCAAGAGGGAGGACGGGCUCAUGACACGGAUGGACUCAGAUCUUCAGUGUAAAGCCCUGUAUGGGUGUGUGUGUAUGUGCGUGCGCAUGUGUUUAUGGGAAUAGUGAAGUCGUGUGUAUUGCACGUCAUGCAGCUUAACUUUUAAAUUUAGAACAUUACAAGAUGGCAAAACAAUUAUGAAUGAUUUGAGAAAGUUUGUACCAUUACGCGCUAUCUGAAGUGAAACUGUUCCUCCGCGACAAAAGAAAAAUUGAACAUAUUUCAUUGAAUAUGAUUUAAAACUCAUGCACUCUGCCUCUGUAUUUUCCACACACUGUGAGCUAUAAAAGGGAUCCUGGAUGGACCUGGGUGAUAACAGCUGGUCCAUGGUCAAGCGCGAAGUGUCCAGCAGCAGCCCGGGGUCUCCGGCUGAGCAGAGCUACCUGAACACUGACCGAAGGGACCGGCUAAGAUCACCGGCGCCGACGCACCUGGACGCGGUGGGAACCCGUCGCGCCGAGGGCAGGCCCCUACACUCCUACGUCCACUUUGGCCAUCCCAACAACGCCCUGCCCAAUUCUGACGACGUUACACUCUUCACGGAUUUAGACCAGGGUAACAAACUCAUCAUCUCAGGUGGGCACACCAGGGAGACGCAUAAGGGAGGCUUAAUUGUGGACCCUACCGACAUGUAUCAGACCCUGGCCAUCGCCGCGGCCCAGAGUCAGGCCGGUUAUAACGACACGCCACCGGCCGGUUACAUGCACUCCAACCCUAAUUCUCCAGUUUAUGUGCCGACGUCUCGCGUUGGAACGAUGAUACCGAGUUUGUCGUACCUACAACCCAGCGUGUCAUCGCAGCCGAGCCAUGCUGUCAGCAGUCAGUCGGUCUGGUCACAGUCCGCACCAGAGAGCCCGUCCUACAGCACUGGAAGCCCACAUACCUCCAGCCGUUUCCACUACUCCCCAAGUCCGCCUACGAAUAACGGCACAUCGAGGGAUACCAGCUAUACGAAUCCUCUGACUGUAAACAGUCGAGACCAAUACCUGUCACGACAAAUAAGUGGAUCUUACACAAGCCCGUAUUCGCCGUAUGUUGCACCGCAGCUAUCACAUUUACCGGCGGCGUGGCCAGCGGGGCCCUUCGAGAACUCCAUGCUGCAUUCCCUGCAGUCCAGAAGCGCACCACUGUCUAUCAGGGGACCAAACGGAGAUUUGCUGGAGGACAUGAUGGAGAGCCGCGAGUGCGUCAACUGCGGCUCCAUUUCCACCCCGCUGUGGAGACGCGACGGCACGGGUCACUUUCUCUGUAACGCCUGCGGUCUGUACAGCAAAAUGAAUGGACUCAGCCGACCAUUAAUUAAACCUCAGAAGCGUAUGGUGAGCACCGACUCGAUGAAAAAAGAGUGCGCAUGCUGAUAAUUUUUUUAAUGUAAACCUUUUUCUAAAUAUUUGUCAACAUUGUGGCGCAGAAACGCAGACGGAGAACCCGUGUGCAACGCGUGUGGACUUUACACAAAGUUACACGGGGUGCCCAGACCCCUUGCCAUGAAGAAAGAAGGUAUUCAGACAAGGAAAAGAAAACCAAAAACCUUGAACAAAACAAAGGGAUCAUCUGGAAGUAGUUCUGUCCCAAUGACUCUGACGUCUUCAUCGUCUUCUAAUUCAGAUGAGUGCACAAAGAACAGUCCUUCAUCAACACAGGUGCCUGUAACAUCAGUCAACUCUUCCACGCUGGUGGGCCAAGUUGAUGUUCCAGGCACGACCGGCUCCAUGGUGAAGUACCCCGGCCAGGAGAGCCUGUACACGAAUGUAGGCCUGACGUCCACAGCUGACGUGGCAACCUCCGUGAGAGGGGACACUUGGUGCCCAAUGGCCUUGGCCUAAAACCUGGCAUUAUGGGAUGGGAGCCAUUUGCUGUCCUUCAGCUCUUUUGAACGCCCCUUUGGCGUUGUUCUUCAAAUCUGGCAGGGUGUGGGGUGUCAUCUGUUUUUGGUCUGUGUUAGUGAUCUUGAGCAGAGGCUUGAUCUGUUCCAAAUACUCCAGUUUUGGUUUCACCCGUGGAAUACUGGACAUCCAUGAUGGAGAUAAUCUUUGCUACUCUGCACUAGAGGACGACACUUGAGAGCGUCUGCUUUAACAUGCCUUUGGUACUUUAAGAGCACCGUGAAUGUUGCUCGGAAGAGUAAGUGGAUCAAAAAUGAUUUCUUGAAAGUAGUAUUGUACAUAUUAAUGCUAACGGAUACUUCGCCCAUCUGGAAAGACGAGGUUGUUGAUUGGAUUCUGAUGAUCUGAAGAGAAAAUGUUUGAGCUUUCUGAAACUGGAAUUGAAGAUAAAGUGUCAAGGUGUUCUUUUGAUGAAUGCAAACAUAUUUAUGAAGCUACAGUUGUUCAAAUAAUGCAUAUAUUUGUCAAUAAAGAUAAUGUCAAAUAGAGUAGGACUGAAGCCUUGGCCUUCCUUUGAAAUCCUUUGUUUCAAGCAUGAUGUUGUUGCAGUGGAUGUUGCUCACUAAUCUGCACACCUUCUAUGUGAAAU